CUGAGUUCAUUAGAAACCUAACCUCAAUUUUCAACUUUCUUUUUACACUAAAUGCUAUUUUAAAAUACUACCGGGCCCUAACUUAAAUAAAAUGAUAUCGAGCAACUGGUCUCGCUCAAUUUUAGGCAUAAAGUUUAUACCUCGACGCUACCAGCAUGGAUACAUUAUACUUGUUCCGGAGAUUGGAGAAGAGUCAGACGCUAAGAAGCCACUGGUAAAAAGCGAUGGGCUUCCCGAAUUUAAUAAUGUCACUAUUGAAAAUUGCCGAGCGGCUGUUGCUAAAGAGAGUUUAGAAUUUGAGGCGGGAGUUAAAAGUAUAGAGAAGGACUUGCAAGAUAAACCACCAAAAGAUAUAUUUAAGCAAGUGUUUAACCCCCUGGAAGUUUUGGGGGCUCCUUUAGAUUUGAUCUGGGGUUUGUCGAAAACGUUGUAUUUGGGAAAUAGCAGCUUAAUGCCAACUUCUAAUUACAUAUCGAUACACGAAAGGGCUCGACAAGCUAGAGCCUCAAAAUACAACAAUAAAACAAUUUAUAACGCCGUAAGAGAUGCAUUGCAAACAAAGACUGACAAAACUGUGGAAGAAACUAGAAUUUUACAGAAAUUUCUAAUAGAAGGCAAAUUGAACGGGUUAGAACUCGAAGACAAAAAUUUUACGAUAUUUGCAGAAUACAUGGCGACUUUAUCGAAGGAGAAGUCUUCGUUCAAAUUAAAAAACGAAAUUUCAACGAAACGAUUCAGUCACGUUAUAGGAGAUAAAGCCAUUGUAAACGAUUUCCCCGAUUAUGUAUUAAAAUCCGCUUCACUUAAUCCACACUUGCCGGAAAAGGGUCCCUGGAAAUUAACUCUUCAGCCUCACAUCUACAGAGCAGUGCUCGAAUGUUGUCCGGAGCGUAAAAUUAGGUGGAACUUCUGGCAAGCCAUGGUUAACAGAGGCUACCACCACGGAGAUCGAGAAUUAUCUACGAGUUUAACCGUGGAAGAAAUCCGUUUUGCUAGAAGAGACAUAGCGAAACUACUGGGCUUUGAAAAUUUCGCAGAAAUGUCCAUGCAAACCAAAAUGGCUUCUAGUGUCUCGGAAGUCAAGAACGUAAUAAAUACUUUGUUGGAGGAGGCGUAUCCGGCACAAGAGAACGAAGUAAAGGAAUUAUACGAGUUUGCUGCAUCACGAGGAUUCGAACACGAGCAACUCGAGUUAUGGGACGUAGAUUACUGGAAGAAACAGCAGCAGAAAUUUUUAUAUGUUCACAGUGACGAUGAUGUUAAAGCUUAUUUCCCUCUGAAAUCGGUUAUGAACGGCCUGUUUGAAUUCUGUGAGAAAAUGUUUAAUAUCAAAAUUAAAGAAAGGCCUAAGACGACUGUUUGGCAUAAAGAUGUCAAAUUCUACGACAUAUUCGAGGAUUACUCGAGCGCCCCAAUCGCAGGGUUUUAUUUCGACCCGUACGCACGGGAUCAACAGAAAAUUGACAGCAGCGGCUGGAUGGUUGCCAUUCAAAAUAAAAGUGAAAUUUGCAGUAAAAUCCCGUUAGGAGCGUUGAUUUUUAACUUCGAUCCCCCAACAUCUGGUAGAGAUUCGUGCCUGACGUUCAAAGAAACGAAAAAUUUAUUCAAGAAGUUCGGUCAUAACUUGCAGCAUUUAUUAACUAGAGUAAAAUAUUCCGAAGUGGCUGGAUUAUCCAAUGUCGAAUGGGACGCAGUGGACGUUUGCGGGAAUGUAUUUGGCCACUGGUUGGAAAAUAAAACUGUUGUCGAUAAAAUAUCUAGUCACUAUGAAACAGGAGAGAGUCUACCGAACGAGAUGUUUGAAUCGUUGAUGCAAUCAGAAAAACAAUUAGCCGGAGUGGAUUUAUGCCAUGAAAUGUAUUUAGCUUCUUUGGAUUUGGAGUUGCAUUCGUCGAAAGACUUUUGGGCGGAUAUUGUAAAAAAGUUGUGGCCGAAUUACAGAUGUUUCAAAUUGCACAGCAACGACGUGCACACGUGUUCGUUUACUCGAAUAUUCGUCGAGGAAUGGGCAGCCGCUUACUACUCUCAUCUUUGGUCGAGAAUGAUAGCAGCCGAUAUUUAUAGUGCCUUUUACGAAGUUAGAGAUAACGAACAAAAGACAUUGGAAAUUGGUAAAAGAUUCCGGAACUCGUUUUUGUCGUUGGGCGGUAGUGUUCAUCCUGGGCAGGUUUUUAGGGAGUUUCGUGGACGAGAUCCCUCACCGAAAGCUUUGCUCAGGUCACUAGGACUAAAAAGGAAGUAACCGAUAAAACUAUUUUGUUUCUGUGAUGUUAUGCUUCUUUUUUAUGUUCUGUUACUCCUAAAUCUUAAAUGUUAAUAGUAGUAUAAUGAUUGUGAAUAGUUAAAUAUAAACUAUGUAUUUGUUAAUAUCGCGUUCGAUAGCAGAAAGAA